AUGUACACCACUACAAACAACUCCUGGGCUACUGAACAGAGAAUGGGUAAAGUAGCAAACAAUACCUGUGGAAUUGACUUCACCUCUGAUCAGGUCAUUCUCCCUGUGGUGUACGGAUUUGUCUUCUGCAUUGGGCUGCCCACUAAUUUCCUGGCCCUUUACGGCCUGUAUCGUCUGGUCAAAACUGAGAAUGUCCUUCCCGUCUUCGUCAUCAACCUCCUGUUAUCAGACCUCCUACAAAUCAGCACAUUGCCUUUCUGGAUGGACUACUACAGCAGCAUUCACACUUGGAAUUUCGGUGUGGAAGCUUGCAGCAUUAUUGGUUGUAUUUUCUAUAUAAGCAUGUUUGUCAGCAUCUUCUUCCUGUGCUGCAUCGCCUUGGAGAGAUAUCUGGCCAUUGUUCAUCCUCUUUGGUUUCGUAAGCAUGGCAAGCUUAGGAACACCUGCUUGAUUUGUGCGGGCCUGUGGGUGUUUGUUAUCUUGGUCACUUCUGUGGCUUUUAAGCUUGGUUUUGAUGAUGCUGAAAGCAGCCUGUGCAUGGAAAAGUAUCCCUCUGAUCGGAGCUUUGCUGUUUUUCAGUUGGUUGCCAUGGCAAUAACCUUUCCCCUACCCUUGUGGUUCCUCAUUUUUCUCUACCGUGGAAUUCAAAGAAACAUCAAUAAUGUAAUUUCAGUGCCAGACGAGGAGAAAAAAAGAAUUGUUGGCUUACUGUCACUUAUCAUAAUCAUCUUCAUUCUGGUCUUUGGCCCCUUCCAUCUCAUGUGUUACGUGAAUUAUAUCGGGGUUCUGUUAUUUGAAGACAGCUGUGAUUAUGAAUCCAGAAUCUUUAUCUAUUUCCAAUUUGCUAUUGGUUUACUCAGCCUCAACAGCGCCCUGGAUCCAAUCAUGUACCUAUUCCUGAGGAAAGACUACAGGAAGGUGAUGAUCAGCUCUUUUCCACACCUACAGAGGAUGAGUAUUUGGAGUUUGGGACUUGCAGCUAAUCAACCAGACAGCACCUCUGCACAGACUGCACACACAGUGUAG